AGGUUUCGAUUUGGAGUUUAAACUUUUUUAUCAAUGGCAAACGAUAAGCGCACCGUUUACGUGGGAGGUCUUUCUGAAGAGGUAACGGAGAAGCUCAUCACCGAUGCAUUUAUCCCAUUCGGUGACCUCGUCGAUAUACAGAUGCCAAUCGAUUACGAAUCACAGAAGCAUCGUGGGUUCGCUUUUAUUGAGUUUGAAAAUGCGGAAGAUGCGGCUGCUGCCGUCGAUAAUAUGAACGAUUCGGAACUCUGUGGACGUACCAUACGAGUGAACACGGCCAAACCUCAACGCAUCAAGGAGGGCAGCAAUAGGCCGGUAUGGGCCGAUGAUAAUUGGCUGCAGAAGCAUGCGGGUGCUACGCUGAAGAACGGUGAUGAUGACAACGGUGGUCAGCAGAUGGACACCGGUACGGGCGAGGUACAGCCAACCGAACCGAAAGCUGCGGAAGAAAAGAAACGCAAUCCACAGGUAUAUUUCGACAUACGGAUAGGAAACAACGAUGUGGGACGUAUCAUAAUGGUGCUGCGGGCUGAUGUGGUGCCAAAAACGGCGGAAAACUUUCGUGCGCUCUGUACCGGUGAGCAGGGAUUUGGUUACAAGGGAUCUACGUUUCAUCGUAUCAUACCCGAGUUUAUGUGCCAAGGUGGUGACUUUACGGCAAACAAUGGAUCGGGAGGAAAAUCAAUCUAUGGAAAAAAGUUUGCGGAUGAAAACUUUACCCUAAAGCACACCGGGUUCGGUGUACUUUCGAUGGCCAACUCUGGCCCAAACACGAACGGUUCCCAGUUUUUCAUCUGCACGGAAAAGACUGAUUGGCUGGAUGGAAAGCAUGUCGUUUUCGGCAACGUUAUUAGCGGCGCAGAUGUGGUACGAAAGAUGGAACGCUGCGGUUCGAAGGGCGGACGGGUACAGCAGAAGGUAACAAUCGUUGCUUGUGGAGAGGUGAAGGGUUGAUUAGUGCAUCGUAUCUUACUCAAUAAAUGGUUCUUAAUUUUAGUAUAAAUAAAAUAA